UUUGUGGACGUCCACGACAAUGACCUCCAACUUAUCUGUUUCCACCCAGGAGCCAAAGGCCAGGGAUGACGCUAUCUGGCUGCUGACCACGGCGUUCAUCAUUUUUACAAUGCAGUCAGGUUUCGGUCUGUUGGAGAGUGGCUGUGUCAGCUCCAAGAAUGAAGUCAAUAUCAUGGCCAAGAAUGUCGCUGACGUGGUCUUUGGGGGAAUGUCCUACUGGAUGGUGGGCUAUGGUCUCAGCUACGGUGACGGCGAGGGAACGAACGGAUUCUGCGGCAUCGGCAAAUUCUUCAUCGAUCCAGACAACGAGAAUAUGGGCGAAGAGUUCUCACGUUUUGUGUUUCAGAGCUCAUUUGCUACAACUGCGACAACAAUAGUAUCAGGGGCCAUUGCUGAGCGGACCAGGUACCUGGCAUACAUGAUCUUCUCGUUCUUCAACACAUUUGUCUUCUGCAUCGCGGCUCACUGGGUGUGGUCUGAGCAUGGAUGGCUAAAGAAGAUGGGCGUGGUCGACAUAGCCGGGGACGGCCCUGUGCACCUUGUGGGUGGAGCUGUGUCUCUGAUUGGAGCCAUAAUGAUCAAACCCAGGGCUAAAAGGUUCACGCCUCAAGAUGACCAUGAAAUGGGGUCACCGAGUGGAACUCUGCUGGGUCUAUUUGUUCUAUGGUGGGGUUGGCUGGCUUUUAACUGUGGCAGUACUUACGGAAUUUCAGAAGGCAAAUGGAAGCUAGCAUCUAGGGCAGCAGCUACAACGUUAAUGGCUGGUACUGCUGGAGGAAUAGUUGGUUCUUUUGGCAGCUAUAUUGCCAAGAAGAAAAAGUUUCUCAUUCCUUGGAUUGUUAAUGGAGUUCUUGGGGGUCUUGUAUCUAUAACAGCCAGCUGUGCUGUCACGGGAGUCUGGGAAGCGCUAGUCAUUGGCUCCAGUGGAGCGGUCUUUGUCUUGCUGACAAAUGAGCUGCUUAUCAAACUUCGUAUCGACGACCCGGUCAGUGCUAUCCCUGUCCAUUUCACUGGUGGAGUGUGGGGGCUGCUGGCCACGGGGAUUUUCGUUCACAAGGAUACCAUCACCAACAACUUCUCUGCCAGGCCAGGCAUUGUCCAGGGAGGAAGUGCCACAUUGUUGGGUGUUCAAGCUUUGGCUGCAUUGGCUAUUUCAGCCUGGGCUAUUGGUGUUGGUGGUCUACUGUUGAAAGUCAUUGAUUUAACUGUGGGCCUUCGUCUCACUCCAGAGAAUGAAGAAAUUGGCGCAGACAUGUCUGAACACGGAAUCAGAUCUUUCAACUCAGCUCACAGAAUACAACAUCUCUCAGACCUCAACUCUCUCUUGGAGCUUGUGGAACACGGUCUUGUUCCAGGAAUCAGAAAGGUGUCUGCACCUUCUUCUACUGACCACACUUCUCUCCAGACAACAGAAAACUCAACCCACAAGAUCGACGGCAUCAAUGAACAAAAGCCAAAGCGAUUUCGACUCCAUGGGCGAAUCUGGCAGGCAUUGCAACACCGCGUGGACAAGUACAUCCCACAUCAGGACCAGAACCACAACGGAAUGCCACAGCAAAGGUCUACAACUUUCAGGAAGAGUCACCAAAAGCAUAGACUGUCAGGUGAGGAGACAAGGCCAGACGCUGUUGUCAGUGACAACCUUACAGUUGAAAAUGGAAACAAUAUAUCAAUGAUAAGUUAUUUGAAUAACGACAUGACAGAAGACACACAGGCUUAUGAUUUGGUGGCAUCGUCUCAGAAAAUCCUCCAACGUAAUUUGUUUCAUAUCAUCAGAAAAAAGUCACUUAGGCAACCACUUAAAAAUAUAUCCAUUAAACUAUUGCUGUCAAAUGAACUGACCAGUGAUAGCACUGAAGACAGUUCCAGCAGAACAAGUGCCAUUGGUCAACAUGACCCCUCUCUGGCACUCGACAAAGUUGUGACAUCCUGUGGCCUGGUCAGGGUAAACACCAGUUGGAAGUGACUCACAAGGACUGGGCUGUUAGAAAAAAUGAUUCAAAUGUUAUAACAUGUUUUGUAAAUUUUCAGUGUACUUUCACAUUGUAAAUUUUAAUGCAAAAACCCAUUGUACAAGCUCCUAACUAAAUUCCUUCUCUCUCCUCCUCUCUCAAGUAUGACUUUUCUCUCAUACUUAUUAAAUACAAUACUUCUUAAAAAUAAAUUACUUGCAUUAUAAACCUGAACAUUUCAUUUCUACUAUAAAAUUGAUUGUUUUUAAUAAAGAUUUUUAAUUCAAAAACAAA